CCGCCAGCCCCUUCCUCUCUCUCCUCCCCGGGCCCUUUGCGGGCCAGUGGCAGGAUGCGGGCCAGCAGCAAGGUUCGCGGGACGUGGUGGUUGCGAGGUGACAAGCCGCGGCCGGUGGUGGAAGGCGUUUUUUUUGACGACUUGGAGUUUGUGCCUGACUCGGAUGAUGAAGGGGCUGCCAAUGAGUUCAUAUCGCAAGGUUGCGAUGAUGAACUCGUGCCUGAAACACAGCUACAUGUGACCACCGAGGAGAUUGGGAUAGGGCAUACAGUGACAACCAAAACAGGAGGGCAGCGCCGGCUUGGAUCGCGACCUCGCUUGGGUACAAUGUUGCACGAGUGGCGCCGGAUUGUUUCAGACUAUGAGAAGCCAAGCAUCGACAUGACAAGCAUUGAGAAGGCAUGGGCUGAUGAGAAAAAGGCAAUCGCUCAUGUGGAGACAGACAGCAAGGGCAAUACAAGCAGCCUGGUGAAUAGAAGCACCGAGAAGAAGGCCUAUGCCAUUGUCUUUGAUGAAGGAAAGUCAAUCUCCGACGCAGAGACUGAUGAUGAGGGCGUCAAUGUGCGUGGGCAAUCACAGAUGAAAGAUUUGCAUGAUAUCAUGUUUCCUACGUAUACCCAGGUUUGCAAGCGUAGAAGAAUUUAG